AUGGCACAUAGCAUUAGCGCCUGCGCUUUGCUACGCAAGGGCGAAGGGGCUGCUAUGCCCCGGCUCGAACGGCCGAGGGCUGGCACCCGCACUGUAGAGGCGGUGCGCCCUGUCCUUCGGGACUGGGUUGAAAGACGCUCCGGUGUCCUUACUUUCAGACUAACGCAGGUACUGUCGGGGCAUGGCUGCUUCGGCAGCUACCUGCACAAGGUUGCCCAGAGGGAACCGACACCGGAGUGUCACCAAUGCGGAGCCGACGUAGACUCGGCCCAACACACACUGGCUGAGUGCCCAGUUUUUGGCGAGGAACGGGAGGCGUUGGUCGCCCAGGUAGGUCAAGACCUUUCGCUGCCAGCCGUAGUUCAGGCCAUGCUGGGCAGCGAAAGUGCGUGGGAGACUGUGCUCACGUUCUGCGAGCACGUCAUGGGAGACAAGGAGGCGGCCGAGCGCGAACGGGAAGUCCGGGCCGAGGCUGACCCAAUGCGCCGCCGCCGCAUAGGCCGCAGACGUGCCGCUCACGAGCGGAACCUGCCGCCCUGAUGAGAGCCAGCGGGCGGCGGACAUGGGGGCGUCCCCGCCCAUGACGCUGGCUCCCGAGAUGGUAUGCGCAACCUCGUGUUCCGGAAGCGCUUCCACAGGGAAGAUCACUAAAAAAAAUAGGGGUAUGGAUCCUAGUCAGGAUAGCCGCUGCGGGGUCGCGGACGCAUUGCGCGAGCUUCCCCGUAACCCCGCAACCAUAGCGGCGAGAGGACACCAUGGGGUUUAGUGGGUAGUGGGGCCUCUUUACAGCCCUGAGUCCCACAUAAUCGUCCGGGUUUCUCCCAGGCCCGGCGGUAUGCGUAGACGCAUUCCCCAUGUAAAAAAAAAAAAAAAAAGGUUAGAACUGCGACCCCACGAAAAUAAACUGUUGCCAAAAAAGUGGGUUAGGUUAGGUUAGAACUGCGACCUUACGAAAACAAACUGUUGCCAGAAAAGUG